ACAAUGUUGUUACACUCUGUACAUAUAAUAUCCUCUUCUCUUGUUCUUCCCCUUUUCUUGUUUUUCUUUCACAAAAUUCAUACAUUAUUUAUUCCCAUUUUUGGGACAAUGCCCACUUGGGUUUGAAGUAAUAUCUACGAAUUUUUUGGCCCAUUUUGCUGCACUUGCUCACAGGCUAUAUCUAUUCUUUUGCUGGCUUCUUGGUGUCUAACUCAAUUCUGGAACUAGUUAGCAAAUUGAUGAAUGAAUCUGCGUUUUAGGGGAAUCAAGAUUUUACUUCAGUAUCCUUUUGAGCUAGAAUUACCUAAAAAGUGUUUGGAACUAUCUACUUUUCAACGGGUGAAAGUAUCUAACUCUUCUAGCUUUAGCAUACUUUUGUACUGUUACCGUUACAUUUGUUUUUGCAGUAUCAGAUUCUCCAACGAAAUCUAUGAAAGGUACUUGAAAGUGUGAACCUGAAGUCUGUUUGAGAUGCUACUAAAGUACUAGUGUUGUCUUGUUGUGACAGUUUCCUUAAAUGGUUCAGUUUGGAUCUGAGCACUCAUCACUUGAUAAGUACUAACAUUCACAUUUUCCCCAACCUUAGUGGACAGUUUUACUUGAUACCUGACACAGACAACAGUGUUAUCGAGGAAAAAGGUGUAUUUGGGGGUUUUCAUUGUUGUGACUUGUGGAUCUGUACUGUGAGCUAAGGAAAUUGUGAAGCAUGAUGGGGCUUCUUGGAAGUCUCUCGAUGCUUCACAUUCUAAUGUGGCUGUUUUGGUUGCCACGGCCAGGCAGCUCACAGUUAGCUGAUUUUUCAAUGGGGGCUGCACGGGCGCUAGAUGCAUUGCUCCAGGAUUAUGCUUAUCUUGCAUUUGAUCGCCCGAGGAUCAGAACAGGUGUUGUCUAUGAUGCAAAAGUUCCAUUGAAUUUGACAGGGAUUAAGGUGUCUGGAUUGAGGCUUAGGAGUGGUAGCUUAAGGAAUCGAGGAUUUAAAAUGUAUAAAGAGUUCCAGAUACCCAUUGGUGUCGUUGAGCAGCCUUAUGUUGAGAGGCUUGUUUUGAUCUACCAAAAUUUGGGCAAUUUUUCUGCGAGAUAUUACAACUUGCCUGGCUAUAUGUACUUGGCUCCUGUAUUGGGUCUUCUUGCUUAUGAUGCAUCAAACCUGUCUGCAACUAGCUUGCCUGAGUUGGAUAUCAAAGCUUCAGGUCAGCCCAUCUCGAUAAGUUUUUCAGAUGUCAAGCCAUUGCCUGUUGGAUCAUCUGCAAAGUGUAUUUCAAUUGAUUUACAAGGCGUUCUGAAUUUCAGCAAUGUUUUAUCAGAUAACAAAUGCACAACAUUUCAACAAGGGCAUUUCUCUAUUGUUAUUGAGUCAAUUGCUCCUUCUCCUGCUCCAGUGUCUCCACCACAAACUAUGGCUACCCCUCCGCCAGAAGCAGUUCAUCUUAAGGGAAAGAAGAACAAGUCGAAAGUGUGGAUCAUUGUUGGUUCAGUAGCAGGAGGACUAGUUUUGAUUUUUCUUUUUGGUCUUCUGAUAGUGUGUGCAAGCAAGUACAAACGCAAGAAGAAAAUGCAACAAAUGGAGAGGGCUGCAGAGGUUGGAGAGACAUUACAAAUGACUAAAGUUGGGAGCACAAAAGCACCAGCUGCCGCUGUAACACGAACACAACCUACACUAGAAACUGAGUACAGGCCAUAAUUCAUGUUUGUUUUGUUGCAGUGACAUAUUUUUCCAACCACACCCCUCUUUUCUUGGUGUUGCUUUUUCAAUUCUUUAGUAGGCUUAUGAUAGCUGUGUGAAUAGUAACAUGGUUAUUGUGUAAAUAAUAAUCUCUUAGCUUUCACAUUAGCAAUUCAUAUUUGUGAUAAUAAUCAGUUAUGGUGUGCAUUUAUUCUUUUAGCAUAUGGUGGAGUUCAUUGUGAUGAAAGUUUGUAAGAUUCAUUGACAAGAAAUAAAAUAUUUUGUUGGUA